AUGGAGUCUGGAGGAGUGAUUGUGGAGGCGAGCUGGGACUCGCUUGGACUAUCGUCGCAGGCCGAGGAGUCGGAGAUGAUGGAGCAGCUGCUCGGCACCUUCCCAUCCAAUGGCGAUGAAUCUCACCACCAGGAGCUGCCUUGGUCUGUCCAAGCCUCAGAUGCAUACUAUGCCCACUGUAAUGGUAGCUCUAAUGCGUACAGUUCGGCUAGUAGCAACAGUGUUGGUAGUCUCAUCCUCGAUGUGCCGUCUGAUUACGGGGGCUUCUAUUUGGGCGACUCAAAUGGGCUGGACCUGAAUAUGGUCCAGGAGCAAGGUGCAUCUCAGUUUAUGGAUGCCAUCCUCAACCCUUCCUAUGGGAAUGGCGAUUCAAGCUGCGAAGAUCUUAGCAUGAACCUGCUAGACUCCAUCGAUGACACUUCUAACAAGAGAAAGCGCCAGGAUCAAGGGAAAGAGGCUGACGAAACAAGGGGUCGGAAAUGCUCGAGGAAGGCCGACUCGAAGCGGGCAAAGAAGACCAUGCAACAUGGAGGCGAGGAUGGCGCCAUUGCUGCCACCACAAAAGGGCAAAGCAUAAGCUGCUGCACGUCUGAAAUUGACUCUCAAGAGUCUCCUGUUGCCUCUAACCCGAAGGGAAAGACUCAGGCUGGCCGUCAGCCGACAACCGAUCCCCAGAGCCUCUAUGCAAGGAAAAGAAGAGAAAGGAUCAAUGAGAAGCUGAAGGUACUGCAGAAACUUGUUCCGAAUGGAACCAAAGUAGAUAUCAGCACUAUGCUUGAGGAGGCGGUGCAGUAUGUGAAGUUCUUGCAGCUUCAAAUCAAGGUCCUCAGCUCCGAUGAUAUGUGGAUGUAUGCGCCGAUUGCGUACAACGGGAUGAACAUCGGGAUCGAUUUGAACCUCUCUUAGAACUAAUAAGACACAUCUAACAGUCUCAAGUUUCUAAAAAAGCAGCAGAUAUCUACCGUAAAUACGAUUUGGGUUAAUUAGCUCAAAAGUGUUUAUUACUAACGCGCAACCAAUAAGCUAUUCCGGCAGUGUAUCUCUCCCAGGUGUAAACAGAGACCGAAUGCAUUGUUCUCCAGAAGCUUUUUUGUAACUUCGGUUACUGAAGGGAGUGCAUGUAGGCUGAAGAAUACGCGAAAAAGAUAGAUACCGAAAGUUGGAAGAGGCUCU